AUGCCCUCCGUCAAGCUCGAGUGUAAGAGCAUCGCAGAAUUGCCUCUGCCGGAGCAUCUUGCCAACGAUUCUCGCUUAGUGUAUACCACAUUUCCAGUGGUUUGCUUGGCCUUGUGCAAAUUGCCCGAAUGGAACUUCGGUUUCUUGUUGGUGACAGACUUCACUGAUAACGACAAGAACGCGUAUGCUGCCGGCAGACUACCGCAAAGAUUGCCUGAAUCGUUUAGUUUGGGAGAUAUUCAUGCUUUGGAGCAGCAGAAAGUGUUUCCUGUCACGGUGCCAGCAAGCAAAGUCGAUUUAUACUGGUCAGAAUUGUGUAAGUUCUCUCCACAUAUGAAGCAGUACAAUCCACGAGAUGAGAUGAAGUGCAACUUCUCCAAAGAAGGUGUCAUUUGCUCUCUUAAUAUGAGGGUCAAGGAGUAUAGAGGGGAAUUGGAAGGGUGGAUCUCGACUUUGGAGGUAUGCAAUCGAGAGUCUUUAAAUAAGCCUACAUUCAGGAAUUGGAUCAAGAAUUGUGGAUUUGGCAAUUUUAUGGCACGGUAUUUGGCUCAUGUCGAUGAAAGAUUGUACAAUAGGUUAUUGCCAAACUUUCCAAUUGAUGCUUACUUGCAACCCGGUGACUUUCUGAGUGAAAAAGGUGGUUAUACUACUUCUAAGAAGAGACACGAUGACGAGCUUCUUACGCAGGCUCCUAAGACUAGAAAGAUCUCUGCAGCACAAGUGACCUUCCAACAGCAGUUCACACAAAAGCAGCCGGUUGAGAGCCAACGUGUAGCCAUCCAAGAGCCUUGCUCGUCAUCGGAAGAUGAACUCACUCAGCACCUGCAAGUUCUGACUAAUGGUCCAUCUCAGAGACUGCAGUGGCAAGAUUUCACGGUGAAUCUGGUGUCAUUCUCGACAUUAGCAUCCUUUACGGUGCAUAACAUUCCUGAUGCCACAGCAUUUGAGACAACUGUUUUACUCUCAGAGAUUUUGCCUGACAUUAAUAUGCUUUUUGUGAGACCAUUCAAAAGAACAAUCAAAAUUCAGCCUUUUAAACUAGUGCUCAAGGGCAGAGACGAUAAAGUCGUUUUGGCAGAGCUACACAGUGAAAACGAGCUCAAUAACUUCUUUGGCAUUGAAGAGACGGAAGAGAUCAUCAACAAGUUGGAUAAAGUGUCAACUCAGCUAACCCAAUUGAAAGGACUGCAAGUGAGAAUUAGAUUGAUUAAAAGCUUUUUGAAUCUCAGCUAUGGCUAUAGAAAAGCAUACUGGACUUGCCAAACCCCACUUAAUGAGCUCUUGGAGAUUUAG